CGUAGGAGCAGGUCAGCUGUUGGGCUGAAUUUACUGCUGAAGUUAGCUGAGUGUUUGCGUCUCGUUUACCCGUGGGGAUGUGUUUAAAGCUUUCUGUUUCCUCCGACGUCCUUCCAGCUAUCUAACAGCAGCACAGCCCAUGUUGGCUAGCUGUCAGCGGGGAGCGUUUAUUCAGCUAGCUAGUGAGGAGUGGACCCAGCUUGGAGCAUCCUGCUAGCCUAGCAGCUAAGUUAGCAGCAGAGACUGGGACGAAGGAAGGAAGGAAGGUAGUUGCAGACCAGAGCCACCAACCAUGGCAGGUGGAAUUACAGACACCGGGGAACCCUACUCUGCAUUUGUGGGGCUGGUGUAUAUGUUCAACCUGAUUGUGGGAACAGGAGCUCUGACGAUGCCCAAAGCCUUCGCUACAGCUGGCUGGGUGGUCAGCUUAGCGCUCAUCUCCUUUUUAGGAUUUAUGAGCUACAUGACCACCACUUUUGUGAUCGAGGCAAUGGCAGCGGCCAACGCUCAACUGCGCUGGAAGAGGAGAGAGCAGGAGGAGGUUAUUGACAGUGACUCCAGUUCUGAGUAUUCAGAUGACGACAUAAUGGGCAGAGGUCGAUCGGAGCCAGAGACAAAGCCCAUCUUGUCUGUCCAAAGAUCAAGUGCCGUUGAUCAUUUCGACAUCUUGGAGCGAGUUGAGAUGGGUCAAAUGGCCUCCAUGUUCUUCAACAAAGUUGGCGUCAAUAUGUUCUACAUCUGCAUCAUAGUCUAUCUGUACGGAGACCUGGCCAUCUACGCAGCAGCUGUGCCUAUAUCACUAAUGGAAGUUGCCUGUGGAAACCACUCCUGCAGUGCUGGAAGUGUGAAAUACAACGAUACGGACCCAUGCUGGGGCCCUGUGACAAGGAAAGAUGCGUACAGAGUGUUUCUGAGCGUGUUCACUCUUCUGUUGGGGCCAUUUGCCUUCUUCAACGCCCAGAAGACCAAAUAUCUUCAGAUUCUGACUUCACUCAUGCGCUGGAUUGCAUUCACUAUGAUGAUCAUCUUGGCUCUAAUCCGCAUCAUUAAAGGCACUAGUGAGAUCCACCCACCAGUCGCCUCCCUCUCUGGGGUCCCCAACCUGUUCGGGGUGUGCGUCUACUCCUUCAUGUGCCAACACUCCCUGCCCUCACUGGUGACGCCCAUCUCUGACAAGAAGCGAGUUGGCACGCUGGUGUUCGCAGACUACGUCUUGAUCCUGGGCUUCUACGUCCUCCUCUCGUUCACCGCCAUCUUCUGCUUCGACAGCUCACUGCUGCAUGACAUGUACACCCUGAACUUCACAGACAACUGCAGCGUGUUAGAUAUUCCAGUACUGCGCUACUUCCUGGGUUUGUUUCCCGUUUUUACCAUCAGCACCAACUUCCCCAUCAUCGCCGUCACGCUUCGCAACAACUGGAAGACCCUGUUCCACCGGGACGGGGGCACCUACCCGUGGGUGGUGGACCGCGUCGUGUUUCCCCUCAUCACUCUGGUGCCACCAGUGGUGGUGGCCUUCUGCACCCACAACUUGGAGUCCCUAGUGGGCAUUACAGGGUCCUAUGCUGGCACUGGAAUCCAGUACAUUGUCCCAGCCUUCCUUGUGUAUUACGCCAGACGCCAUCUGGAGCCUGUGAUGGGCAGAGAUGCCGUCAACAAGCACCAGUCUCCUUUCCGCCACACCUUCUGGGUGUGGUUUGUUUUGUUGUGGGCCGCCUUCUGCCUCAUGUUUGUCACAGCCAACAUCAUCCUGACUGACACUAAGAAAUGAGAACUCCUGUUAUGAAAAUCUCCAUCUGUACGGCCAGUUUCUUCGUUCCUGUACACGAAGCCUUACAUGCUGCUGGUUGGACAGUGUGCCUUUUUAUGGAACUUCUGUUGCAUAAUUUAAAUGUAAUUUAGAGUAAUUUAUCAAGUUUGUUAAAAAGGACCAAAUGUCAGAUUUUAUCAUGAAAGCUGGAACGGUGCAUGAUAGUACUGAAAGGGAAUUUAUUAAAAGGAUUUUUACGUCAACAAACACCUGACACUCUGAGGUUUUCACGAGGUUUUGCACAUUUUUAAAAUAUAUCCAAAGGAUUCAGUGUGCUUAAGAUGAACAAGUUCAUCCACAGCUUCGUCUGAAUCCGUCCAAAGGCCUGCUGGCAUAGAGGGAGAACGUGGUGAUUUAUACAAAUGUGGUUAAUUGUGGUACAUCCUCAAAAGCAUUUGUGGUGUUAUAUUUCUUCACACAGGAGAUGGUAGAGGUGGUUGAUCUGAGAAGAGAAAAAAGCCUGCCUACCUCUCACAUGUCUGAUUUCGGUGUGGCUGCUGGAUUACUGGUUUGGGGUAAUUGCAGAAAUUCCAACGUUGGAAAGCUUUGGUCCAACAAACACUUUGUUUAAAGCUUACUUAUGACUCAAGAGUUCUGUGUGUUGUCCGUUUUGUAGUUAUUUUAGUAUGUCUCAUUCAAAUUCCAAACUAUAGACAAGGCAUAGUGUUAAGACGCUGAGGGUUCCACUGGAACUUCCUAGUAGAAUGUUCCUAUAAACGUAUAUUAAAGCCAUAGAAAGAGCACAGCGGUGACAAGAAAAAGAGCCUGUCAAAUCCAGACGUGUUCUGUUGCGAAACUGUUGCACGACUUAAUAAUGAAAUCAGAACAGAAACCAACACAAGAAGAGAAACGAAGGAACAAGGGACAAUCGUUCUUUUAUGGCUGACGUGUAUCAAUUCCUCAGUGGCAUCUGCCUCCGAUCUCCUCGUCCUCUUGUGAACAAUGAAGCUCCGUACGUGACAGAUCCUCUGACAGAUAGGCCUCCAGGAAGAGCUCCAUCUCUGUUUAUCACCAGACGCUGGCAUCUGUAGUUCAAGCACAGGCCAUGUCUCCGUCUUCUGCUGCUCAGCACCCAUUCAUGACUCUGUCAGCCUUGUACUGUAUCUAUCACACAGCCCAACACCUGACAGGAUAAUAGUGAUCUACAGUGCUUCAGCUCUGGCUAUGGGGAAGGCAUCAGUGGCCAAAAGUGGAGGCAGCCAGCUACGCAACUUCACACGCUGCUGUACUGUAGUCUAGUGAUGCUGACCUCGCUGACACUUGGCUGCCUCCCUGACUUCAUUACUGCCCUCAUACUUCCAUCUUUGUCCUGUUUCAUGGUUCUGUCUUUUGUGAUUUUCAUAAUUCAUUUACAGCAUCGAAACACCUCAACACUCAACGAACAACAAAUUAUAUUUAGUGGAAUUUAGUAAUGCUAAACGGAGGUGAGUGAAAUCUUUUUUUGUGUGAUUAACAGACUAUUUCCAAGUUUUGCUGCACACUUUUUGUAAUCUGUCAGUUGCAUUAAUUAUCAACAGCGUCACUUUCUUGAAAGGAAUGGUUACUGUUGAAACUUCUACAUGUCAUGCUGUGAUUAUUUGUGAGCACAACAAAUUUAUCUCGAUCAUUUUGAUGAUUUUCAGAGGUACAUUUCUCUGAAUGUGGACAAACAAAACGAGAGGCGGGUGAUGUACUUUCAUUAAUUGACUGAUAGCUGGUGUGCAAUGUGAUCACAAAGUUCAGAGUUUGCACCUUUGAAAAGUAAAAAUGCCACAUGAUUUAAAUUUGGCUGCCAUGUCCUUUGAACUAGUCUCCCUCUGCUCCAUGUGCUCCUGCCACAUCUUGAACACUCCCAGGAUAUCCUGUUCUUAAAGUCCAUCAUGUGUGUUCAGUCUCCUAAACUGUAUUAAAAACAGCAAUCCGUCAGCUUGCUUUUUAUUUUUGGAAAGAGGAAGCAGUCACAGAAAUCCAAAUCUGCCAAGUAGGAUGGAUGGAGAACAAUGAUUGUGACCAAAAACAUCUUUUCCAUGUGUUGUGAGCGGGCCCAUUGUUACUGAUGGAACACCCAACUGCCAUCCUGUCACGGUUCAGGUUUGUGAAUUCUCCAGUUUUGGAGACUGCAGGCUCUUCCACUGUCAAGAUUACUGUUUGGUGUCUUGAUCGCAGCCAUAGGAACAAACUCCAUCACCAGAGAACCUAAAGUGACAUAAAGGCUGGCUCAUGCUGAUAGAGAACUUCACCAACUUUGAAAUCACAAAUGCGCUUCAGUAACGGAUCACAAAACACGACAUGCAAAAUCUGAUCAACGGCACAAUAUCUGGCAGAAUCCUGACUUGUGAAAGUUACUGCUCGCACUUGCUGCAUGCGUGUGGUGCAGCAACAGUCUCUGAACUUUUUGAUAACACAUUGUGUAGUUUAAUUCGACAGUUAUGUUGAAUACUGUCUGAAAUAUCUCGCUAUUUGUUGCUGUUAUUGAUUUCCCCACCAAUUAAAGCUUCACUUUUGAUAAAUGCUUAAAUGACACUCAUGCAACUCUACACCUGCACAAGUGUGUCGAAGUAGUGAAUUAGUAGAAGAAAAUACUACUGUUUACCAAAUGUACUUUCUGGUGAAACUAGUCAACAUGAGCUGAAUGGAAACAUUUCUGAAUGAAUACAGAUUUUAAAUGGUAAGUGUGUUUAGUAUAUGACAUAAAGAUUCAGAAAAUGAUUGACUUCGUGGAUGUUUUUUAGCCUUCACCUAGUCUGUAAUUCUCUUCCAUCCAGACAGCGGAAGUUUUCAAACUUUCAGUUGUAAGUACGGUUGAAGCUUCAAAAACAUUCUAUACUAUAUAUGCUGUAAUGUAGUUGCCUUUAGCUUUGGUCAGAUGUGUCCAUAUCAUGAUUGAAGCCCAACUCUGCUUAGAAAAUAUUUUAUUCUGGGAUUAUGUCCUAUAAAUGGCGUAACUGAAGCUGUUAGUGUGAGCGAGAGCCUUGGAAUACACUCAAACAUAGAAAACAAAGUGUGUAGGAUAUUUAAAUGCCACUACAGUUGUGGUCAUUUAAAAUGCAAACUCAGUAUUAGGGUGAGCAGCAGUUCAGUGGGUUGAGUGAGCAGUUGGAAAGGCUGUGCAGCUUUUUCAUCAACUGCUGUAAUGCAGUUUAAAUUGAAAGGUAAUGUGCUGUGACUCCAGUGUUUUUUAAGGCACUGCUAUUGUGGGAUUUACUCAUGCAGCACAGCAUUAUUGUAGCGCUGGUGAAGGUUACAUAGGCGAAUUUGCUUGCGGUAAUUUUGGGAUGUAGCGUCAACAAACCAAUUCUGUCUUCACCAAGCUGCAGUGAGAAUUAGUUUUUAACUGGGCAACAAACAUGGACACACACAAAAGGUUUGUUUUUAAAUUCCGUUUAUAUGUUUGUGUUUCCACUUUUGUGAUGUUCAGCUUUCUUCCUCCCAUAUUUACCUGAAGUGGUGCAGUUAAAAGAAAGAUACAAACACUUGAACGCGGCAGAGAUAUUUAUUUUUCAGUCUGGAAACUAAAAUCACUUGGGUGAGUGAUUUGGUGUUGAAUAUGUUAAAUGUUCUGAUGACUCUUGUUGGGAGUUGUGAAAUGUGCCUUUCUUACAGGGUCUUUCUCGCCCUUAACUUAUCGAAUCGGCUGUCUUCCUCGUGUUUUGAGAAGCAGCUUUCCAGACAUCAUCUGCAUGUAAUACAUUAUGUUGAUCUGACAAUCUGUCGCCAAAAUACUUUUUAAUCCUUGUUUUUCUUUUCUUGUGCUUUCUUUAUGUUCAUUUUUCUUACAUGAGUGUUCCCCACUUUAUUUCUGAGAGUGGUUUUAUUUGCUAACUUCUGCUGUGUUUCUGGUAUUUGUUUACAGUAAGUUGGCAAGCAUGUGAUUUUUUUUAUGAAUGUUUACUGCUUUAAUAUAUGUUUUGUUUGAUUUUAAUGAUUCACAAGAAAAAUAAAAGCUUUAUGUUCAGCAGAAAAUUGUGAACUUUGAAGGGAAAUUCUGUUUUCUUACAACCUGGGUUUUUUGUAGUUUUUGCCUUCAGGCCAGUCAUUUAUAACCAUUACUUACUGGAGUCCUACACACUAAAGCUUCAGACAUUUAACAAAACAAACUUUAGUUUCCAUGAUACAGCAAUACAUUAUUCAUUAAAGAGCUAUGUUAAAUGACCACAUAAAAAGGUGAUAGAACACAGCUGUUUUCUACUUGAACAUACAAUAAAGGCAUGUUAUUACUCUGCCAAGGAA